AUGACAAAAGACGAGCAGAAAUUCGAUGGAAUGUUGCUGGCUAUGGCUCAGCAACAUGAAGGCGGCGUACAAGAGUUGUUGGACACAAUCUUCAGUUUUCUCGCGAGAAAAACGGAUUUUUACACCGGAGGACAAGAAGGUGCUGCAGAAAAGCUUGUCACUAGUAAAUUUAAGAAGUAUGAAGCUACUGCUGUUGCCAAAGCAGCCACUUUAAAAGCAGAGCGUGCUGAACAAGAGAAACGCCGUAAAGAGAGAAUGGAAAAGAAGAAGCAAGAGGAAAAGGCAGAGGAGGAUAAAUUGAACUCAGAAUCAAAGAUUGUCGAAUUGACUGACGAACAGGCUGUUAAAUUACAAGAGGAAAUAGAUAAUCAGGUACACUACUACAUGGUUAAACCUGCUAUUCCUGGACCCAGUGGUGAUAGUGCUAGUGACAAGAAGGAGGAGAAUCUGGAGGAUGAGGAGGAAGAUGAGAAGGAGAAGGGUAAACUCAGGCCUAACAGCGGAAAUGGAGCAGACUUGCCGAACUACAAAUGGACACAGACGCUUCAAGACAUAGAGAUCAGAGUGCCGCUGAAAGUGAGCUUCUCAGCCAGGCCCAAGGACGUGGUUGUCUCGAUCACGAAGAAGCACCUGACCUGUGGAAUCAAGGGCCAACCGGCGAUCCUCGACGGCGACUUCCCGCACGAGGUCAAAGUCGAGGAAUCCACCUGGGUGAUCGAAGAUGGAAAAGUGUUGCUGAUCAAUCUGGAGAAGGUGAACAAAAUGCAAUGGUGGGCGCACGUGGUGACCUCUGACCCCGAGAUCAGCACGAAGAAGGUGAAUCCAGAGCCGAGCAAGCUGUCCGACCUCGACGGUGAAACGAGAGGCCUGGUGGAGAAGAUGAUGUACGACCAGAGGCAAAAGGAACUAGGACUGCCUACGUCCGACGAGCAGAAGAAGCAAGACGUGAUCAAAAAAUUCAUGGAACAACAUCCGGAGAUGGACUUCUCCAAGUGCAAGUUCAACUAGGACGGAUCCGAAUGGCAAACUGAUAGAUUGGUCGAACGUUGAGAGAUAUUAUUGAGAGCAAAUUUGGUUAACAAAUCGGAAGAAUAUUUUAUCGAUGCAUCCAGCCAAGCGAGAUCCAGCGAAACCUCCUUUAUGAUAUCUCGUUAAUCGUCACUGUGGGCGUCUCGACGUUUUCUCUGCACCUAACUUUCGAAACAGUUCGCCGUGAGAUUUAGGAAA